AAAUAUAUGACUAUGAAAAACAGCUGAUUGGAUUAUUUGGAAACAUUUAUGUUUUGAUAAUUUUGCUUACCAAUAAUUUAUGUGAUUAAUUUAUCAAAACUAUUUAAUAAGAUUCAUGGUCUUAAUUAAAAAUCGACAAUGGCUUCUAGAUUCAGUGGGGCACUACAAUUGACGGACUUAGACGACUUUAUAACUCCCUCACAGGAAUGUAUAAAACCAGUAAAGAUCGAAAAAACUAAGAGUAAGACUGGUGCCAAAAUUAAAAUUGGUGAAGAUGGAUACUUUGAUCUAUCAAGUGGAAGAGAGCAAAAGUUACAAAAAGUUGAAAUUACACUGGCUGACUGCUUGGCAUGCAGUGGCUGUAUAACAUCAGCUGAAAGUGUGCUAGUCACAAAACAAAGCCAAGAAGAAUUACUGAGAGUAUUAUCAGAACGAAAGUAUACUGACUCAAAGGGAGUAACAAUGGAUGUAAGUUUAGUUGUUGUGUCAAUAUCACCGCAGCCGCUGUUGUCUCUUGCUUUGAGAUAUAAACUGACUGCACAGGAAGCAACUAGAAAAGUGUCAGGAUAUUUCAAGAAGCUUGGUGCUGAUUUAGUUUUGGAUAUGACAUUAGCAGAAGACUUCUCAUUAUUAGAAGCACAACAAGAGUUUCUCGAAAGGUAUAGAAAUCAACAGAAUGAUCCAUCUGGGAAAUAUCUGCCUAUGCUUGCAAGCUCUUGUCCAGGAUGGGUGUGCUAUGCAGAGAAAACACAUGGUAGCUUCAUCCUACCAUACAUAUCCAGUACUAAGUCCCCACAGCAGAUACAGGGUUCCCUAGUAAAGCAGCACCUAGCAGGAAGACGGGAAUUGCAGCCAUCAUCCAUUUACCAUGUGACCCUUAUGCCCUGUUAUGACAAGAAACUUGAAGCGUCUCGAGAAGACUUCUAUAGUGAAAUAUACAACUGUCAGGAUGUCGACUGUGUUAUUACUGCGAUUGAACUUGAACAAAUGCUGUCCAGCGAAGACAAAUCACUAUGCGACAUAAUGGAUGGAGAACUCGACUGGCCAUGGGACGAAAGUGACGUCAAAGGGGUCAAGGGACAUAUAGGGUCUGGUUCUGGGGGCUACAGUGAUGCUGUGUUCUUACAUGCGGCCGAUCAGCUUUUUGGUGCCACCGACCCACCAUUGGAGUAUAAAAACUUAAGGAACCCGGACUUCCGAGAAGUAUCAUUAGAAAAGGACGGUCAAGAAGUGCUAAAGUUUGCGAUCGCAAAUGGCUUCCGUAACAUUCAGAACUUGGUGCAAAAGCUGAAGCGAGGAAAGUCACCGUAUCACUAUGUCGAAGUUAUGGCUUGUCCAUCAGGUUGUCUAAAUGGCGGUGCCCAAAUCCGUCCUUAUCAAGGGGAAAGUACGCGGGAAUUGGUUGGGCAAUUAUACAUAAUGUACCGUGAAUUACCACAAAGUGAGGACGAGAAUCAAACAGUUUCUCGAUUGUACAACGAAUGGCUGUCAGGCAAACAUUCGGAUAAAGCACGCGCCAUGUUGCAUACGCAAUACCAUGCUUUGGAAAAGAGUGAUGUAGCUUUAAAUAUUAAGUGGUAAAUAUCAUUUUAUGGGGUAUGGGCCAGAUAUUUCCGUUAUUUUUUAACGUACUUUACUAAGAUUAAUUUUUUCCAAUAUCCAAAGCUGGUCAACAGCAAAUUUGUUUUAAUAAUAAUUUGUAUUAAUUGUGUAUUUUACAACGCACAAACUUUUGUACGAGAUAUUAUUCAUAAUAAGAAACUUUUAUUUUAAAUUUCUGUGUAACAAUAUUACAUAAAAUAUAUAAAAUAAAUGUUAAACGGACUACAUAUAAAAAAACAAAAACUGUGUAAUAAAUUCUAACACUGUACCUAUUCCAGUAUUUACGCUAUCAAUGUUUCUUUAUGGCAAUAGUUAAAACUUUAUGUUAUCGAUGAUUGUCUGUGGUUAAACUGUCAAUCAUGACAUUUCAUCUUUAAUUUUCUUUCGUGUUUGUCUUUUGAUUGUCUGUUGAUAUUUAUGGCACAGCUUGUAAGCAUAAAAAUUAUUUAACCUUACAUAAAAAAUAUUUCUAUACAUAUUAUACAUGACGAAUUUGGAUUGGCGCCAAUUUGACUUUAGUCGGCUUGAAGAUAAAUCCAGGACCGAUGCAAUACAGUCAAAAGCGUUUACGACAUUUUAAAAUAAAAAAGUCUGUAUUGUUUUAAAUUAAGGUACCUUUUAUAGUAAACAAAACAGUUCAUACUUUGAAAUGGCUGGUUACACCAGUGAAUGAAUGCACGUAUAAUAUUAUAAUAAUUAUGAUUAUAUAAAAACAUGAAAAUAGUUUUGUUUAUUAUUUAGUUCAGAGGGAGGAUAAAAUCAGUACUGUCAUUUAAUGACGAACAAUGUAUAAAGAAAUAUUUGCACAGUUACCUAGUUAUAUUUAGUUUAAAUUUUAUUGUAAUGUUAGUAAUAUAGUAUAAGUGUUAUGAUGUAAAUAAAAGUAAUAUUACUUGCAAAUUGUCAUUAUUUAAAUAUACAUAGACAAGGUCGCUAUGCACUAUCAUUUGCGUAAUUCAAAGAGUGACUUGAUUCAUCAGACGCAAGAAAGGGAAGGGUAAUUAAAAUUAUUCUCUUUC